CCUCAGGCGGGGGGGAAGGCGGCCCGGGCUCCAGGUCUACCCGCGGGGGGGUCCGAGGCGCGGCGGCUCCGUGCCCGGGCGGAGCGUGCAGCAGCCGGACCGCUCCCCGGCGGCGCCUUUCCGGUGCCGCGGCUCCAUGGACGCCAACCUGCGGUUCUGGAGGGCGGAGGGGCAGACUGUUUUCCAGAGGUUUCUGCUAUGGGCGGACGUGUUGGAUCCGCUGCUGCUGCUCAAGUCCUCCGACGAAAUAAGAAGAACCAGGUUAUCCAUACAAAACACCGGGAAGACCCUAAAUGAACCCAUACAGAAUGAUCAGACAAAACGAGCCUUCCUGCUAAGCCUGUCCAGUGUACAUCCUGAUACAGACAAGAUAAUUCCUAUUUUGUUUAGACCUCCAGCCUUCCUGCCUGUAUCACUUCCAUUGGUUGUUGCUUCAUCUGUUCACCACCAAGCAAGGCGAAGCUUUUUUUGUCAGUGGCUGUUUCACAUGUACACCACGGGAUUCACCCUCUUUAAUGGAAAUGGGACCCCAAAGGCUGAAGAGUACUCGAUUGUAGAAAAGCAGAUCUUCCUCAGCCUGGGAGCUGUUUCCUAUGCAGCGUGUAUUGGUGCUCUUCCUCUUGUCUUCAUGAAUCGUUACACACUGAAGAGCCUGUUUAUGCAUCUAGUCAUCAAAAAACUCCUACCUGCUCCUCUGCUUGGCUUGAUGAGUGCAUUUACUGUGGUGGUGGCGAGAAGCCCAGAAUUUGACAAUGGAAUUGAAGUGAUGGACAGGAAUGGCAAGGUUGUAGGAGUGUCACGGAAGGCUGGUGAGAAGGCCGUUAAAGAAACAGCAUUGUCACGAGCAGCCUUGUUUGGGACAACGUUCUUCCUGCCACCUGUGGUUAUGCACUUUGUGGAAAGAGCGAAAAUGGUAAAGAAUCCGCGUGCUUCGGCUUUAAUGUCAAUAUUUAUGAUUACAUCGGUACUAACAGGGAUGCUGCCGCUCUCACUCAGUAUGUUCCCGCAGUGUGGGGAGAUAAAGCGAGCAGACCUUGAGCCAGAAAUUCUCUCGUCUACAGAAGAAACGGAGUUCUUCUACAACAGGGGAAUUUAGAGAUUGGCUUUAACAUAAAAACAUGUGCUCUGGUGGAAGUGAAUUCUGAAUGUAUCAACAAAUUCAGUCGGCCUGUGUGACUGUAUCAUGAAUAUAUGGUGGCAUACACACACACAGGAUUUGGUGUACAAUGCAGUGGUCUAUGAAGAGGCAGACUUUGCAAAAUGAUAUUGCAAGCCCCAGCCCGCAGGCAGGUCCAUACACAUGACUUAAUGCUCUGAAUGAUGUUUGUACCAGGAAGCAGCAAAACACAGCAUUUGUCACAAACUGUGUCUGGAUGCUCCCUCCUGUGAUUGAUUUCUUAAUUAAAAGACUAUUUAAUACAGAA